CGGGUUAACCCUUGAUCCGAACAUUGCUUUUUAUCUAUUUCAGAUUUUAUAAGCAAAAUAUAUUUAAAGAUGUCCGCAUAUGUACUGAACGCACCUAGUAUUUUAUUUUCCGCAUUGUUUAAUCAUACAACCAUAAACAAUGAAGCAGUUUACUAAUAUAGCUCACAAUCCAACUGCGGAAUGACUGCCAUUUUUUCGUUGUGAAUAACUUCUGGAGACAGGAAACAAAUCACCUUGGGAAAUUCAAAAGAAUCCAUUUAUCCAAUAUAAUCAGAGCUGUUUUCUGUUGUUCGGGAUUAUUUCAUCGAGAUAUAAUUCUUACCUGUUCACCGGCUGAGGUGUGACAAAUGAAAUAGUACAGUGAUCGCUGUGGAAUAAGUGUAUACAUGUGUUUUUCUAUAAAAUAGAUAAAAUGGAUAUUAAAUGCCUGAAUCAAACCAGUGGAUAUAUAUAAAUGUUUGGAAUUUCCGUGCGAGGGAAUUCUGAUUUUCUUGGACCGGGGGAUAUGCCUCCGGGGGUUUAUGCUGAUCUUUUUAUGGAAGCAUGUCUUCGUUUGUGCGGAAAACGCAGCAUGGACUAUAACGAUGUUGAUGAGAAGCAACCACAUCUUCCUAAAGGGGCAGCAGUACCUCGUAACCAGGUCGCCGGUCACAAGCAUGAAGGCAGGUCUAAACUAGGUUUAUUAGAACAUGAAGAUGGUUAUAUAUUGAAAGCAUUACAGAAGCCCCCUCGCGGGACGAGGGAGCUGGAUUUCUAUAGAAAAAUAUUUGACGAGGACUGCACUGAUAAAGAUAUUUUACAACUACAACAACAAAUGCCGCAGUUCUAUGGUUCUUUUCACUUUGAUGAAUAUCCAGAUGUGACUUACUUGAAGUUGGAGAACCUAGUCAGUAAGUUCCGGAAACCAUGUGUUGUAGAUAUCAAAAUGGGGAAGAAAACGUACGAUCCCGAGGCCGGACCUGCUAAGAUCGCUAAAGAGAUGACAAAAUUCCCACAUGUAGAAAAAUUUGGCUUUCAGUUUACUGGAAUGCAGACAUAUGAUCCAGUUGAAGAGAGGAUCAAGUUUUAUGACAAGUUUUUCUGCAGAAAGCUAGGAGAGAAUGAGCUUUUAACAAAAGGACUAGGGACCUACUUCAGUAUAAAACAUGGACUUAGAAAAGAUGCUAUACUCCUUUUAAUUGAAAAGUUAAAAGAAAUUGAAAAAUGGUUUGAAAGCCAGAGACGAUUUUCAUUUUAUGCUAGCUCAUUGUUAAUGAUAUAUGAAGGGGAUACACAACAAACUGACUAUUAUACCCCCUGCAGUCAUUGUCACAAGGGAGACUGUAUGUGCAGUACGACGGAUUCUGAGCAGACGGACUCGACUGAUCAGUCGGACAAUGCAUCAUCGCGCGUAACCGACAGCACAGAUUUGACAACAUCAACGGAAACUGUGUUAUCGGAAAUGGAUACGGCGUCAUCAAGUAGAACGGACAAUUCCUCACUGACAGCAUCAGUUAGUAACAUAUCAGUUGAUACACAGUCUACGUCAGGAAGUUCUGGAGUUAACAACCAUAAUGCAAUUCUGGCAGAUGUGCGUAUGAUAGAUUUUACGCAUGUGUUUAAUGUAGAAGAACGGGACGAUAACUACCUGUAUGGUUUAAAAAAUCUAAUCUCCAAUAUGCAACAGCUUCUGGAUUCAUAGCAGUUUAUGGAUAUAUGAAGCCAAGGAAAUAUUUUAAAUAUGGUUGAAGUCUGAUGAACAUGCUUUACAAAGUCUUGCUUAUAAAAAGCAGGUAAUUGUUGGUGAUAUUUCAGCAGAGAUAUUUUUUUUGUAAACUUUAGUCCGUAGUUUGCAUUGUUUAUAGUUUUAAAAAGAAAAUUUGUCAAUGUGCUAUAUAUUAACUAAAAAUCAAAUAAGUUCUGUUAGAUCAAGGCAUUUGGUAGAAAUGAAUGAUGGUAUUUGUUCGAUACCUUGUUUUCCUAACAUACUGUUUUAGUUCACCUGCACACAAAGUGCUAAAGGAUAAGUAGCUCUUGGAACUCAAGAAUUUGCUCAGAUGCAGUAUCAAAGUGAAAUUAGUCACCUGAUACUUUUUAUCUGUACUCUGCUUAUUAUCACUUGGCCUGUUGACUAUUUGCAAGAAUGUUAACAUGACAGGAAAAAAUGCUGUCUGCUGAUGGCCUAUGUCAAUACUUGUGAAAUUUUUGUGAGAAUUGUGCAUUUGCAAAUUCACAGGCGACUUUAUUCAGCCAGUUAGCAACUCUGUUAUGUCUUUGACACAGUUGUUAAACGUUUGCAAGUUUCGUAAACAUGAGAGUUUUGAAAAGAAAUGGUUGAUAAACUUAGCUUUUUUUUAGAUUGGCAUUUCUACGAACUAUUUGAUUCCCCACGGUUUAUGAAAGACUUGUUGACUGUUUCUUUAAAAGAAAUAUUUACUACAUGUUAAAAGACUGGCUUUCAUUCAGUUUGAAAGUACAUCUGUUUCUUGCAAAUUACUUUUCAGUUUUACUCAAGGGAGAUACAAUUGACGCCAAAUGUAAAUAAAAAAAUAAAUGAUCACAUUAAUGGCUUUUAUCCAGAAACAAGUAAACUUUAGUCAUUUUAAGCAGGUCUGAUUAUUGAAAAAAAAGAUCUACAAGGUAUUGUCACAUGAUGUUUGGCAUCAGCUUUGGUUAAGAUUUUUGUUUAGGUCCACUUUUAUAAAAGCUUAAGCUUUGAAACUUUGCAUACUUUUUGUUUUAUCAAAGUUGAAUAAGUAGGUCAAGAACAUUUACUCUCACUUUCUUUUUUGUUAGAAUUAUGGCCCUUUUUGUACUUAAAAAAAUUUCCAGUUCUUGGUUAAAAUUUUGGCUUAGGUUCAGUUUUCAGAAUUCUAUAAGAGCAAUGGCUGAACUAUUCAGACAUAAUUAUCAUCAUUUGGAGAGUAGUUUGGCCAAGAACUAUAACUCUAGCUUGUAUUUUAUUAGAAUUAUGACCUUUUUUGUACGUAGAAAAUUGGCAUUUCUUGGUUAGAACUUAUGUAUAAAAAAAUGUAGGUCCACUUUACUAGAAUAUUAUAGCUUUGAAAUUUUAUAAAAAGUCAUGAUCAAGAAGGCCAUGAAUCGUAACUGUUCCUUGCAUGUUGACUUAGAUCAGCCACUCACAGACAAGUGUUGGAACACACAGACAGUGCUCUUGUUAGAAUAUGUGUCAGUUGUUAUAAAUACAACAGAGUUAAGGCCCUUAAAUUAUUCAAAAUCUCAAUAUUUCACAUUUUUCAUGAAAACACACAGAAUACAUAUAGUCACAAGAUCAGCGACAAGUUUGUUAAAAGGCAAGACUACUCAAAUAGUGCCAGAGUUAUGGCCCUUAAUUAAGUAUAAACUGCUAUAUUUUCACUAUUCAUAAGUAACUUAAAUUGAGGAAAAUAUUUAAAUUUAUGUAGUUGGUUAUUAUUUUUUGUGGUUCUUAUAACAAAUAUGUAACAGUAUACAGCUUAUAAUAUUCCAUUUUCCAGGAAAAGUAAACUCGAAUAAAUAAAAAAAAAAUGGUGAAUUCCAAGAAUACCAGGAAGACUUGUGUCUUUGUUUGAGAACUAUGAUAGAAACUAUAUAGAGACAAAUGACUGGCAUCAAGAUAAUUAUGGAAUCAAGGACCUUUAAGACUGGAAGGUAGUAAAUAAAUUUGUUCUGUUAAAAAAUAAACAAUCUUCUGAGAGCUGUCACACAUAGACAGGCCCAAUUUAAAAAGAAUUACUAACCAAAAUGUUCAUAAGUGACCUUUAAACAAAAACAAAAAAAUAACACCAAGAAAAGAAAGGGUCACAUAUCUUCUCAGAGAGAUUUUUGUCAAUACUAUGGAACAUCUUCCUAUCUGACAGCUAACAUAUUGGUAUGAACACAUGUAAUAAGGUUUGUUUACAUUUCUAAAAAGCUUUAAAAUCUACCAAAAUAUCAAUUAUGAAUCCAAGCAACUGGCUUGUAUAAAACAUGAAAAUGCCAAUUCAGCUCCAAAAAAAAAAGAGGAUUUAUUUGGCCAUUAUCUGACUAUCCCAAGAAGUUCUAGCCUAUCUUUUUACUACUGUGGUACCUUCAGUGAUCUUGCUUUAACAACUGUUGACAUUUUCAUUAGAUAUUUAAUGUCAUUUAUUUUAUCAUUUAUUUUAUGAUAAGUUGGACUGGUAGCAGAGAAAUAUUUCCCAUAGUAUUACUUAUUUCAAAGGUUGAGCAUUAUUUAUGAGUCAUUCCAGGAAUAAUUUGUAGAACACAGUGUUUCCACAGUAACUGACAAAACUGGUACACGUAUCUGUGAUAUGUAUGACUGUAGGGUUGAUUUGAUAGUAACUGGUCUAAUACGAGAGACUUACUUUCUCUCAUUCUUGUACUGAAGUUGUUUUUUUUCAUAGAUAAUGUUGUAUUGUAGAAUAAGCUAAAUGUGUAACUGUAAUAGUUUUAUGUUCUUUUGAAGGUACAAAUUGUUUCGGUCUUAAUGAAGUGUUCACUAUAAAUAAGGUUUACCCAACAAAUUUUAUUAAAUUUUGUUAAAUUAAACUCCACUGUUUCAUUAAUGAGUGGAAUGUCUUAAUUUUAUAAAGAAGUGAGGCAUGAAAAAAAAAAGUUUGUUUCAGGUAACAUGCUCAGAAAAAUUAGGGUAGGUAGGUCGGUAAAUUUUUUGGGGGGAUUUUUUUUUAUUAAGUGGAACUUUUUGGAAAUUAUUUUUGUGUCAAAAAAUGAAUACAAAUAAGGGGGUUAUGCCUUUAGAGUAUUAGUAAGUUGAUUUCUAACAUCUCUGGCCAUGUUUAAAGCAUAAAAAGUGUAGUUUUGUAACUUUUUGUUAAAAAGUUGAAAAAAAAAAUUCUCCAAGGCCAUAAAAAAUUUUAGGGUCGGGCCAAAAAUUUAGGGUAGGUCGGGAUACAGGAAACAAUUUUUUUUACACCUGAUUUUUUUUUUUUUUUUUAAAAAAGGUAUAAUUCCCAGAGUUAAAGGCUUUUUUCGGACAGACAUUGCAAGUUUCCAGUGGAUAUAUUGCUGGUUUAUAAUGUUUCAAGCAAAUUAGAUAUGGUAGAAUUUGAAAUACUGUCAUUUUCUUUAAAUAAUAAAACAACUCAAAACCACUGGAGUGUUACCAGGAUUCACCUUGAACUAAAUGGAAAUAAAGAAUGACAGACUGUGAAAAUUGUAGAAAAUUGCUGAAUAAUCAAAAAAAAUACAUGUACAUUAAACUGUACCCUAUAAUCAUUGCAUGGCUAGAUUCAGGAAAACACUCUUUCUUUUUGUCUGUUUACUGUAUGCCAUUUCUGACAAAAGCAUUUAAAUGUUGUCCUGUCAGAAAUACAUUUAAUGUUGAAAUAUUCAUUUUUCUCUAUGUUCAGGUCUCGGAGGUGGUUAUUCAGAUCUUUUGCCAAGUAAUGGGUUCUGUUUGAAACUGAGUAGCUGAUCAUUUACUCUUAUUUGUGUUCACUGAAUGUUCAGUACAUGUUACAUGUACUUGUUCACUGGAGGUAUUAUUUUAUCUCCCACAUGACUGUGGUGGAAGACAUAUUGAUUUACUCCUGUCUGUGUGUGUGUUCAUCCAUCUGUCAGUCUGUCACAAAUCUUGUCUGGCUCUAAGUUGAACAGUUCUCAUCCGAUCUUCACCAAAUUUGAACAAACGUAUUUGACAAUAAGUCCUCGGCCAAGUUCGAUAACUAGCCAAAUCGGCCCAGGCACUUCGGAAUUAUGGCCCUUGAAUUACCGAAAAUACUGAUGUCAGUGAUACAGGUCUUGGUGCAUGGUUGACUCAGAUACAUAAUGGAGAAGAAAUGCCAAUCUAUAUGAUUAGGCAGACGUGGGAGACAUGUGCUUUUCUCAAAAGCAGCUCAAGUUAAAAUUUGAUUUCCCUAUCUUGUUUGCAAAACCAAGAUAGUUUUUUAGAAUGCUAUAAGAUAACUAGAAAAUGCUUUUGUAAAAAAGCGCAUGUCUCCCCCAAUGCAAAGUCCUAUAGGCAAGAAGUCAAUAGGAGUCAGGAGCGAAAGUCAAAGAGACACUGAUGGUUGGCUGCAAUAGGGAUCAUCUACUUGGCAUGUCCAGUCAUCCCACUAAAUUUCAACACUCUUGGCCUAGUGGUUCUCAAGUCACUGUUCAGGCUCAUGUGACCUUGACCUUUGAUCAAGUGACCUCAACAUAAAUAGGGAUCAUCUACUCUGCAUGUCCAAUCAUCCGAUUAAGUUUCAACAUUUUAGGUCAAGUGGUUCUCAAGUUAUUUCCAAAAAAAUAAUUUUACAUGAACAGUCCACUGUGACCUUGAUCUUAAAUAGACUAACCCCAAAAUCUAUAGGGGUCAUCUACUCUGCAUGUUCAAUCAUCCUAUGAAGUUUCAACAUUCUGGGUCAAGUGGUUCUCAAGUUAUUGAUCGGAACUGGUUAUCAAUGUUCAGGCCCCUGUGACCUUGACUUUUCACGGAGUGACCCCAAAAACAAUAGGGGUCAUUUAUUCUGCAUGAACAAUCAUCCUAUGAAGUUUCAACAUUCUGGGUUGACAGGUUCUUAAGUUAUUGAUUGGAAAUGGUUUUCCAUGUUUAGGCCCCUGUGACCUUGACCUUUAACAGAGUGACCCCAAAAUUGUUAGGGGUCAUUUACUCUGCAUGACCAAUCAUCCUAUGAAGUUUCAUCAUUCUGGGUCAAGUGGUUCUCUAGUUACUGACCGGAAAUGGUUUUCAAUGUUCGGGCCCCUGUGACCUUGACCUUUAACAGAGUGACCCCAAAAUGGUUAGGGGUCAUCUACUCUGCAUGACCAAUCAUCCUAUUAAGUUUCAACAUUCUGGGUCAAGUGGUUCUCAAGUUACCAACCGGAAAUGGUUUUCAAUGUUCAGACCCCUGUGACCUUGACCUUUAACGGAGUGACCCCAAAAUCGAUAGGGGUCAUCUGCUUUGCAUGUACAGUCAUCCUAUGAAGUUUCAAUGCUCUGGGUCAAGUGGUUCUCUAGUUAUUGAUCAGAAAUGAUUAUCAAUGUUCAGGCCCCUGUGACCUUGACCUUUGAUGGAGUGACCCCAAAAUCAAAAGGGGUCAUCUACUCUUCAUGACCAAUCAUCCUAUGAAGUUUCAACAUUCUGGGUCAAGUGGUUCUGUAGUUAUUGAUCGGAAAUGGUUUUCAAUGUUCAGGCCCCUGUGACCUUGACCUUUAACAGAGUGACCCCAAAAUCGAUAGUGGUCAUCUGCUUUGCAUGUACAGUCAUCCUAUGAAGUUUCAACAUUCUGGGUCAGGUGGUUCUCUAGUUAUUGAUCGGAAAUGGUUUUCAAUGUUCAGGCCCCUGUGACCUUGACCUUUGACGGAGUGACACCAAAAUCAACAGGGGUCAUCUACUCUUCAUAACCAAUCAUCCUAUGAAGUUUCAACAUUCUGUGUCAAGUGGUUCUCUAGUUAUUGAUCGGAAAUGGUUUUCAAUGUUCAGGCCCCUGUGACCUUGGCCUUUGACAGAGUGACCCCAAAAACAAUAGGGGUCGUCUACUCCAGCAGCCCUACAACCCUAUGAAGUUUGAAGGUUCUAGGUCAAAUGGUUCUCCAGUUACUGCUCGGAAAUGAAGUGUGACGUACGGACGGACAGGGCAAAAACAAUAUUUGGGGGGGGGGGAGACAUAAAUAACAAACUUUGCCUAAGGAAUAAUAUGAAAAUGAGAAAUAUUGUAUAAUAUUUGUCAGAGAUUUGCACCUUUGAGGAGGAAAUGAAAACAUGUCAGAAAUAUUCAAGUAUUUAUCAAUUCAAAUGUAAAACUGGGAACUAUAUUGCAAAUAGAAGCAAUAGUCCAUAUUUUAAAUACUUCCAAGGGGGUAGUUACAAAAUUUCAUUAAAAAAUGAUUAUCAUACAUAUACUAAAACUGAAAAAUGUCAUAAAAUCUUGCUUAAAUGUGGUUGACCACUAAUCCCUAGUAUAAAUUUAAUCAUAUCACUAUUUAUGUGUCUUUAUUUAACUCAAGAAUACCCAGGAAAAAGAUCUCAUUUCAUAUAAUCUUGUAUCUGUAUAUAUUUUCUGCUUUUUCAUUAUUUGUUUUUGUUGCUGACUCUGAAUGUAAAAUACUUAAAACUGCCUCUGAACUUCUCAACUAGUGUUCUGUUUGUAACUGGUAUGAAAACUUGUUUUUUCUUGAUAGUUUUAUAAAGUUUUGCUGUGUGCAUAUGAUUUGAUGAAAUAUUUUCACUUCGAAUGAUUUUUUUUUUAUGAAAUAUUUUUACUUUGAUAGAUCAAGGUAAAGCUUUUGUUCUCAGUUUUUGAUGUUAUUGCCUUAAGUUAGUUCUGCACCUUCGAAAAAAACUGGAAGUGUUGGUGUAAUAUCAUUUAUCAGUAAAACAUAGAAUGAAGCCCGGAAGACUGGCUCUAGCAGAUGGAAGCAUAAAUUAAACCACAGUUUAAAUAGAAACUUUUAUUUUAACCAGUAAAGCUGGCAAUGUUUUAGUCUUUCUAAAGAUUAAAUAUAUGAACAAGAAGUUGACACAAAAACAAGUUGGCUCUUAAAUUAAUCAGCUUGAAAUUUUCAGUUCUCUUUAACUAUGGGUUAAUAUCAGAAUAUAUAAAUAUAGUUAAUUUAUUUGACCAAACAAAAGACAUUUUGUAAAACUGUGAAAGUUUCAUCAAAAUCUAAGUUAUAGAAAUCUUUCUAAUUGGCUGAAUUUUGUUUAUAGUAUAUCUUGAUUUUUUUGCAAAAUCGUGGUUUUAGUCAAAUUCUACAUAGAAGAAAAAAAAUUGAUCUAAACAUGCAGAACUACCUUAAAUACAUUUCAAGUGUUAUAUUGUAAGCAUUUUUGUUGAAUUAAAUUUCUUCACUUUUUUGUUAAACCUGAUACAGGUGAACCGCGCCAUGAGAAAACCAACAUAGUGGGUUUGCGACCAGCAUGGAUCCAGACCAGCCUGCGCAUCCGCGCAGUUUGGUCAGGAUCCAUGCUGUUCGCUUUCAAAGCCUAUUGGAAUUAGAGAAACUGUUAGCGAACAGCAUGGAUCCUGACCAGGAUGCACAGGCUGGUCUUUAUCCAUGCUGGUCACAAAGCCACUAAGUUGGUUUUCUCAUGGCGCGGCUCAGGUAUUUAUUUCCUCUUGUUGUAGAUAAUUCCUCAGAAAUUUAAUCCCACUAAUUACCUAGAAACUGCAUCUUUCUGAAAAUAGAUGAUUGUGUGCUGCAGCUGUGUGGGAGUUGAUGGUUAGAUAGUAUCAGAUGUGUGGGUAAAUUGACUGUUACAUGCUGUAAUAUGGCAGGUUUGUUGUUGUUUGUUGUUGUUUGUUCUCUGAACAAUAUGUACAUUUUUAUUUUCGGCCAGAACAAAAUAAGGUGUGGUUAACAGAUUUUUACAUUUUCACACUAGGUCAGAAUGAGUUGGGUUUUUUAUUAAAGGGAAAUUAAAAAAAAAAAAAAAAAAAAAGGAAUUAACCACUUAGCGACUUUCCCAAAUGAUAAGAUGACUAAAUGCCUCUGAUAAAUUAGUGAAGUUGUCUAGCUAGCUAGUGCAAGUUUGUUUGUUUGACCCAGGUUCCAGUUCAAGCAGUACCUGAAAUAUUUCUCAAUGAUUUGCCUCAAACUUCCACUAUCAAAUCUAGAACACUUCAAAGUUACCUUAAAUAUGUUCAAGCAACAAAACAACAAAAAGUAAAACAAAAAAUUGCUCUCCCUUGUAUUUUUACAUAACAAUGUCAGUACAUCUGUAAUGGUUUUAUGUUGUGGCUGUUGUAUUGGCAAGUGAUUAGUCUCAGUUGCAGUUAUUGUUGUGCUUUGUUUAAUCUUUAUGACUAUUUUCUAAACCAAAGAUAGUUCAAUUAUGUUGAUGGUUUCCAAACUAUAUAUACAAAACAAAAAAGGUAGUUCAUAUUAGGGUAUGUUAAGGUUUCAGACUUUAAUUUCAGUACAAUAGAUAGUGCAUAUUAUGUUGAAGGCUUCAGACUGUAUUUACAGAACAACAAAUUGUGUACAUUAUGUUGAAGGCUUCAGACUGUAUUUACAGAACAACAAAUUGUGUACAUUAUGUUGAAGGCUUCAGACUGUAUUUACAGGACAACAAAUUGUGUACAUUAUGUUGAAGGCUUCAGACUGUAUUUACAGGACAACAAAUUGUGUACAUUAUGUUGAAGGCUUCAGACUGUAUUUACAGGACAACAAAUUGUGUACAUUAUGUUGAAGGCUUCAGACUGUAUUUACAGGACAACAAAUUGUGUACAUUAUGUUGAAGGCUUCAGACUGUAUUUACAGGACAACAAAUUGUGUACAUUAUGUUGAAGGCUUCAGACUGUAUUUACAGAACAACAAAUUGUGUACAUUAUGUUGAAGGCUUCAGACUGUAUUUACAGUUUUCAGACUCUUUACAGAACAAAAAUGUAGUGCAUAUUAUGUUGAAAGUUUCAGGCUGUAUUUGCAGAAUAAAAAAAGGUUGUUGUGUUAAAGGUAUUUACAGCUUUAAUCUUAUGCUUGACAUCACAUAAUUAAGAGUGAAACUACCAGUAAUGCCAAUUAUACAAUUGUUGGUGUUUCAGUGAAAAAGCUAUUGGUAUUUAGUAACAGAUAGAGUAACUGUUCUAUCAUCUCUCGCCAUUUUUAGCUCACCUGUCACAAAGUGACAAGGUGAGCUUUUGUGAUCGCGUGGCAUCUGUUGUCCGUGCGUAAACUUUUGCUUGUGACCACUCUAACAUUUUUCAUGGGAUCUUUAUGAAAGUUGGUCAGAAUGUUCAUCUUGAUGAUAUCUAGAUCAAGUUUGAAACUGGGUCAUCUGCAGUCCAAAACUAGGUCAGUAGGUCUAAAAAUAGUGUUUUCAAUGAAACUGAGCCACAAUGAACUGGGUUGCGUGUGGACAUGUGAGCGAUUCAGGACCAGCAUGGUCCUCUUGUAAGAUUUCACUGUUGAGCAGGUUUUCAUCACACUAAAUAAGAUUUGCAGUGUCUGCUGUCAUAUACUCAGAUAUAUUUUGCUAGAAUAAUAUUUUCUAAUUGAUUACCGUAUUUUGGUGUGUAUUGGUCGCGGUAAUGUAUAGUCCGCAUCUAAUUUUUGCUCUGGAAAUGGUCGGAAAAUUGAACUUCUAGCGUAUUAGUCGCAGUUAAAUUUCGGAUUUUUCCCCCAGCAAUAUUUAAUAUUUACCGGCAAAAAAGUUAUGGCGGCGGCCAUAUUGAUGCCGCGGACUGAAUUAUUAUCAGAACCUGAUUGGUGGAAAUCGGACAGUGUUGUUUUCGUUCCCAACCGUUUCGUACCAACAGUAGUAUCGGUAACAGAUUAUAUCAAAGAAAAGCGGCUUUUUGACACUAAUUGGCAGCAGACGGUUUGCGUUUACAUUCUGUUAUCAUGCAAGUUUAAGUGUGAAUUGUUUGCACAGCAAUUAUAACACCUUUCCGUGUCAUGUAAUUAACCGCGUUCUUUUGAUUCUGAGUAAAAAGAUUAACAAAAUAUCUCUUUUUGGAUUUUUUUCUUUUAUUUAAAAAUCAAAAGUAAAAAAUUAUCUUUCAAGUUUUUUAAUACGCUAAGACUUAGUAUAAACAAUGUUUGGAAUGGAGGACGGAUCUGUCCAGAAUUUAUCCAACCCGGAGUACAUGUCAAUGGCGUCCAGUAAAAUGAAAGUAGAAACAAACGUGAUUCAGUCUGCAAAAACAUCUUUGAAUUAAAGUCAUUCGUGAUUUUAAUAGUCUGUAUGGGUUAUUUACGAUAUAUUUUAUUGAAAGUAACCGCUAUUGGUUGAAAAGCCGCCGAUAUUGAUAUUUUUUAUCCAUUUUGUUCGUUCGUAACAGAUGCACGUAAUUUUGCGAGAGCUACGGUCAGAAAAUUGGCCCGAAAAAAAAACUGGUGGCAAUGUUCUGUCGUAUAGGUCGCAGGAACUUUUUCAGGCAGCAGAAUGGGUAGAAAAAGUGCGACCUAUACACACUGAAAUACGGUACUUGGCUUAAACAGUUUGACCACUCUACCUAGUAUUGAAACAUUGUUUGAAAGUUUAUGAGUUUAAUGAAACAAGAUGACCCUUUAAACCUGAAAGUCCUACAAACCUGUCUUAUUAAAUGUGAAUUUUAUGUAAGGUAAGUUUUACUUUAAUGCAUUUACUUGAACUAUGAUAUAAGGUUUAUCUUUUAGAUUUCACUGAAGUUAUCAAAAUAUUGUUUUGGACAGAAUACUUAGGAAAGAAAAAGUCACUCCAAAUCAUUCAGUUACAUUUCAGUGUAAACUGUCGGAUAAUUUAUAAUUAAAGCGUUAUUUUUUCAGCCUUGACUAACAUGCUUUGAACCCAUGACCUCAUUUGAGGUUUCUGACACUGUCUACUGACUUUCUCCUUUAAGAUAAGCAAUUUAACCAUAUUUUUCUAUGAUACAAAAAUAAUAUCAGCAUCAAUGCAAUUCCUCAUUGAAACUAUAUAUCAAAUGGCAGAAGGCCAUUGUUAAAAUAAUUAUACCUUUUCAGGUGGCUUUUUCUACCUAUCCAUAUUCUGUAUCUAUACAUAAAAUGGUUUUCUCUGAUGCAGCAAUAAUGUCAUUGAUUAAUAUAAAGACAUGUUUACCGGCAGGCUCACAAUGGAUGAAAUGCUGUGCCUUAUUGAUACUCCAUAAUUACCUCUGCUGCUGUGGUCAAUAACAUUCAAACUAGACAUUUGAACCUGAAAGUAGGCCAUUUUUUAUGUUUUCUUCAUAAGGCAAUUUUGUUUUAGAUUAAUAGGUCUUCAGAUACAAAUAAAAAGGGAAAUUCAAGGCUUUUGGAGAUUUUACCCAUCAGACAAUUUUAAGCCACAGAAAGGUUAUUUGGUAAAAAGCUGUUUGUGAAAUUUUUUUUCUCAGCUAAACUACUGGGGGGAAAAUGUUCCUGUACUUUCAUUUGGUAUGAAAUGUAGAUUCUAAACAAAAAUUAUAUUUUAUUGAUAAAAUAAACCAUUUCCCAACUAGGCAUUACUCGCUGGGCCAAAAAAAAGAGAAGAAAUUAAACAAUAACAGUAAUAAAAUCAUGUCUGUUCAUUAAGAUGACAAGUUAUUGGAGUGGUAUUUUUGUACAAAUUUGUAGCUUUCCACAUUGAAAGCACUGAAAGAAUAUUGUGUAUCCACUUUUUUCCAGAAAUGUAUAUCAAGGUAUAAUUUUGUUUUUAUUUGUUGCAAGAAAGGCCGCUAUUUUUUUUAUAGAUUGCUAGUAACACAAUAGAAUUUUUACAUAUUAAGAUUAAACUUUAAGGCAAAAGACUUUAACACUAUAUUAUGUAUCCAUGUACAAUAAGCAUUAUUUUAACAUUCCAACUUUAAUACCGGUAGUAAGUUAUUUUCUACCUCAGUAUUUAUAAUAAAAUAUAGCUCUGCUUUACCUAGUUCGCAGAUUUUCAUAUACAAGGGAGACAACUACUGACAUCUGUUUUAUACUUCUCAACAGAGUUAUUGCUCUCUAUCCUUCUUUGUAGUGAGGACUAUAAUAUCUACUCUGUUCCAACUGAACUUGCAGAAAAAUGUUCAUGAUUAUUCUUUGUAUAUAUAUAAUUGUGACAGAAUACCUUUGUCAAAUCGGUAUUAUUAUUUCACGCACAUGAAAAGAAGCUUAAUGUAUUCUUUAAUAUUUAAUAGAAUAUAGGCAUGCCUUAUUCACUGUUAUAUAUUAUCGUUUUAUUUUGUGUACAUAUGCCUAAAAGACCUCUGAGUGAUUGGUUUGAAAGUAGUUCAUAGACAUGUAUAUUGUGAUUCAUUGUUAAAGCUAUCGUUAUACAUAUUUUUAGAUUACUAUUUAUUUUUGUACAAGUUGAUCGUGCCUUGACAAUUUUUGAUAUCGUAAUUUUAUACUUAUAUUCAGAAAAGUAUGAAUGCCUGCUUGUUAAUUAUAAACUGUAAGUGUAUUGAUUCUAUAUGAUUAUAUUUAUAAUGUGACAGACUUUGUUUUUUAUUAAAAUAAAAAAAAAUAAAAAAUGAUAACCUG